UCACAAGCUGCUGGGUGUACAUAUUCCUCUGAGCAAACUUACCAGCUGUUGGGCACUUGGCUCUCACAAAUGCUAUCUCAGAAACAGACUUCUUUUCUUUAGCCAACUUCUUGGCACAAGAGCUGACUCAUUCACGCACCCACUUACCACCUGAGCACGGUCACCAUCUCAGCCCCUGGCACAGGUUCCAGCUCACCCUGUAAAUAAGUUUCCCAUUCAUUCCCAAACUCAGCCUGGCAUCUGUACCCGCUGUGACUGUGGAACUAUAAGGAGAAACGUGUGGGAAGCGCUGACUUUGGAACGGACUGAGAACACGGGAGACUUUGGUCCUGGAGAGCAGCGGGUCAGAGAUCAGUCUGCUAAAUACAGGUAGACAGAUAUAGGGCUGGAUGUUUGGGAUUGUAAACCCUUGUUAAAUACAACUCCCAGAAUCCUCAGUCUCUGGCCACUGUUGGGCAUUCUGGGUGACUUUGGAGACAUCUACAUUAAAUAAUAUGCACUAUGUUGUACAGAAUGGCAGUCAGCCAACAUCUUGAUGUUACGGAUCUAUUCUAUAGCUCACAAAUAAGCAACAUAACGUUUCAGUCGCUGCAAUACUGUCUGGCCAAUGUUUGGCAUAUUUGUUGGCCAUCACUUUACUCUGCUUGAAGCACGGACAUAGUAACACAAGGGUCUACUCCAGUAAUCCAUGGUUGUGGGAAACCCAGGAUUCCUCCUGGGCCAACUGGAGCUUCUAGCCCCCCGAGAGCCAGCCAACCAGAAAACAAGACUGAUGUCCCCAGAGCGAAAGAGUGAGGAGGAUUGUCGGUGUGAGCCCCCAGCAGAGGAAGCGGAAAGAGAUUCGGUGUCCUCUGAGGGUGGACGUGUGACUGACAGUACCGAUGAGGAGGAGACCAGCAGCACAGAGAGUGCACCUGCCCAGCAGGAGAAGGCCAUUGGCAAUGCAGUUCAGAGGUGCAUGGAGACCGAGCAGCUGAAGGUCAUGAACCAUAUUUCAAAGCUGGAACAGAGCCUGCGGGAGCUGCAGCUGCAGAGAAGGGAGCUGAACAUAGAGAGAACUGGGAACUCCUUCCCAAGGGAAAAGCCAUGGAGUGAGAGCCGAGUGCAGGAGGUGGAGAUGGAGGUGGCCCUGCUGGAAGGGGAGCUGAGGACAGUGAGGAAGGAAAUGGAAAAAGAGGAGGAUUUAAUAAAAUCUUUGCAUGAGAAGCUGAGAGAGACGGAAAGGAAAUGGCAGGAGGAGAAAGACAAGGAUAAGCUCAAACUUUGGGAAGAGAAGAAGAAAAUAAAAUAUCUGGAGCAGAAGAUCAGUGAGGUCAAGACCCAACUUGAGAAGCAACCAGAGAGCUUGCGGGAGCAGCAAAGAAAGAAAAUACAAGAGAUGACGGAAAUGAUGGAGGCUGCCGUGAAAUCCUUUGAAGACUUGGAGUUCCAGCAAUUGGAGAGUGAGAGCAGCAGGGACGAGGAGAGGGAAGCAUCUUACAGACAGAUCUCCCAGGAGUUAUCCAAACAUCAGAAUGAGCUCAACAGGAGGAAGGACAAGGUGCUGCGUUUUGAGGAACAGAUAAGGGGAGCGGAGGACCAGGCACAGGUGGAAAGGCAGCAGCUCAGUGAGGAAACGAAUCAAGUCUUCCAGUCUCUCAAUCAGGAGAAGGAUCAACUCCAGUCGCUAAAUGCUCUCUCUGGGAAGGACCAGGAACAGAAUGAAAAGUCACAAAGCACCACCAGAAAAGCCCUUCAAAGAACCAACAGCUUUCCCAAAAGAAGAGCGAGUGCUCCAUUUGUCCGUCCUACUGACCGUCCACUUUCUCUCCAUGGCAACACCUGUUUGGAAAGUGCGGGGCUUGCUCUGCAUUUGGCCGUGUCCUCCCACAAUACAGGUGGCCAGAUUGCACUAGCCAUAAGCCCCAAUCUGCAGAUCACACAAGGCGACGACAGAAAUGGAUCCAACAGGGAGAAAAUUCCAAAUGACAUCUCCACACUGCAGCUGAGCUACGGACCAUUGCCCAAAAUAGCAGAAAUAGAACGUCAGUUGCGCGAGGCCUUGGCGGAGAAAGAGCGACUACUGAAGGCUCGGGAGGAGAAGAGAGCUGCUAAAGAGAUGACCCGGCGCUCAGAAUCAAGUCAGAACCAGGUGAAGACCGAAGAACCAGCACCAGUCACAGAGAAACCAGUCCUGCCAGAGACCAAAGGAGAACCUGAGAAGGUUCUCUCUGUCCUGCACUCCACAACACCCUUAGACCUGCGAUCGCACUUGGAGGCCUCAGGCCACAGCGUAGAAACCUGCUCCCAUGUCAGGGUCAAUGCCAUGUGCUGUAAGGGUUAUCUGGUGAAGAUGGGCGGCCGGAUAAAGACAUGGCGGAAACGUUGGUUUGUGUUUGACAGACAAAAGAGAAGGCUGGCCUAUUACACAGAUAAAGAUGAACAGAAGCUGAAGGGUGUGAUAUAUUUCCAGGCUAUUGAAGAAGUGUAUUAUGAUCACCUACGGAGCGCUUUUAAGAGUCCGCAUCCAAAGCUGACAUUCUGCUUGAAAACGUUUGAACGCCUGUUCUGCAUGGUAGCGCCUACACCAGAGGCCUUGAGGAUCUGGAUGGACGUCAUGGUCACUGCUGCCGAGGAAAACUCUCGAUACUAAGAGCAAGUGGUCUAUGAGCCUGUGCCAAGGGGCUCUCGAGUGUUUAAGAGAAAGGAAGAAAGUGACAAUACGAGAAGGAGGAAAUGUUGGGGAAUCACAAAAAAAAAAGAGAUGUGGUUUCAGGAAGAGAUGGGUUUGCAGAAGUGAAGUGCUGGGGAGGCCUGGUUGGAUAUUACAUAAACCACAUACUGACUGAGCUGUUAUUAAAGAAGAGACAACAUUGAUAUGCGGUACAUUCUCAAAUUGUCCCAUGAACUGGUGUUUGCUCUACAUAUAAAUAGACAAUACAACACUCUUCUUUAAACAUGUGCCAGUGUAUAAUGUAAAUAAGUUGGAAAUAAGAUGACCUUUGGUUUAUUUUUGAACGAGUUGAAAAAACGAAGACCUGCAACUAUCGAACGGAAGAUGAUGGCAAAGCUGGUAACAUUUUUAGUUACUGAAACACUCAGGAAAUACUAACAGAAUUGUGAAUGAAUGACCCGAUGGUGUGAAAUGCUCAUAAAUAAAUAAGACUGCAGAGUGAUCACUAUAAUGUGCUGGUGAGGAAGAAACUACAAAUGGAGGCUGGCCCGGUCAGUGUACGUUAACCCAUCCUCAACCUGCUAAUACUGUGCUUACUGAUGGACUUUGCUAAACCACAAGACCCAAGGCAACUUGGACAGCUGGAUGUACUAAGUUACAAACACUUGUGUAGCAAUAUGCCAAAGACAUGUUUGAACUGGAGGACCAUAGACGCUUCCCAUCUGUUUGUAUUCUUUGCAGGACUCUCUCAUGUUUCACUGCAGAUGAAAGAUGACAUACUGUAAUUAAAGUUAUAGUGAUAGAGGCCAAGGAACUAUUGUCUAUCAUCUGAGACAAAGAGAAUUUCAUGUUGAGCUCUUUUUAUAAUGUAUUGUAGAUCACACAUUGAUGCCAUGGUCCAUGCUCUCAACUGAUUCGUUUGCCCGUGGUUUACUACUAAAACCAAAACCAUUGCAUUUUGUGAUCAAGAUAUGGGAUGUAGCAGCUCUUUGACUGAGACCUGUGUUUAUACCAAGUUCUGAUCCUUUGAGAGUUGGUCAUCAGAUCAAUGUUUUACUUGUUUUUUGAACAUUUCUAUUUUUCAAGCUUAAAUUUCUAAAUCUUGGAAGAUUGAAAAGGAAACUAAAAGGUCGCCUAUUCCUAAGGUGGUGCAGAGGUUCUCAAAGCUGUCCUCUUGGAGGAGUCAGUAGCUCAUUCACGUGUGAUAAUUGGUUAACAUGGAGAAAAAAUGUCCUACUGGUUGUCCAAAAGGCCUGGUGUGACAGCCAAUCAAUUGGUGGAAUUAUUUGGAGGGAGGAAAAGAAGCUCACUUUGGCUCAUGUUUUAUUACUGUGUGUUUCAUGGUGUAGACCUUGGUGCCACUGCUGUACAAUUCUUAGAUUUGUAUAUAUGCUUACUCUGUACUGGAUCAAGCUUCUCUGUUAUGAACACAACAUUGUAUUUUAUUUAUUAUAUAUAAAUAAACAUAUAUGGUAUA